CACUGUCCAGUCACGAGUAUCUUGUUUCCGUGCACGGGUGAGAGGUAAUCGGGGCCCCUUCGUAAUUCCCGAGUGCACGUCGCUCGGUGCAGUUCUACGCUUCUUUUCGCACAUCGAUUCCCGUGAUCUUAGCACCGUAAGAGACACGCGAACAAAAUAGAGGAUCCGUCUCGACAGACGAGACUCAAAGAAAAAUGUCUACGGCGCUUCUCGCUGUGUUCGCCGUGAUCCUAUGCAUCCUGUUCAGGAUAUUAAACGUAAACAGUGCGCCGCAGAAGCCGUUGAUCGUUUGUCAGGAUCAAACGUUUUUUACCACGAUUCUUAAGAUCGCACCGGUCAUUGUGGAACCAUACAAACCGACAAGAUUAUGGGGUUUCAGUGGCCACGUACAGACCAUCAUUCAUAGUGUUAUUGGGCGCGUCCGUUGCCCUUGGCCGAUUGGGGAACGAGUGUACAUCGGACUUCCGGAUAAUACAACUCUCACUUAUGAUCUUUAUCAACCAUUGUCGAAUGAUUACGAAGAUGAUAUUACGAUUGCCAUUUGCCCCGGGAUCUGCAACAGUUCCGAGAGCGUCUACAUCAGAACUUUCGUGCACUUUGUACAGUGCCACGGGUACCGAUGCGCUGUACUUAACCACGUCGGAGUUCUUUCCAGUGUGAAAGUCACCGCUCCACGAAUAUUUACUUACGGACACACUAACGAUUACAACGUAAUGAUACAGAGCCUGUUAGAGAAGCACCCCAAUACAAGAAUAAUUUGCAUCGGGUUUAGCUUAGGCGGUAACCUGGUAACCAAGUAUUUGGGAGAACGAGGCACGAAUAAAUUACCCAAUAUUAUCGGAGGCAUAUCGAUUUGUCAAGGAUAUAAUGCACUCGAAGGUACGAAGUUCCUACUUAACUGGCAAAACUUCCGACGUUUCUACCUCUACAUAAUGUCGGAGUCGGUGAAGAAUAUUAUCCUCAAGCACAAGAAUAUAUUACUAUCCGAGGAAAUUAAACAGAGGCAUAAUUUGAAUGAACGAGACAUCAUUUCCGCAGCGACACUGCCGGAACUCGACGAAGCGUACACGAGAAAGGUGCAUAACUUCAGAUCUGUGACGGAAAUGUACAAAUGGAGUAGCUCUAUUUUUUAUCUUGAGAACAUUGCAACGCCUAUGGUAUUUAUUAAUGCGCUGGAUGACCCCAUUGUACCUGAAAUGUUGCUGGAACCAAUCAAAGAGCAUGCCAAAAAACACCCUAACACUUUGUACAUAGAAUUGGCUCAUGGAGGUCACUUGGGAUUCUACGAAGGAGGUCUUUUAUAUCCAAACCCAGUAACAUGGUUGGACCGUACGCUUGUGUCCCUAGUAGGUUCGCUUACAUUAGCACACGCGGACAAAUCUCUAAAAACCUCUUAACCUAAUUCUAUAUCAUUGUCGCGACCGUUUUGUAAGUAAACCAUUAUAAGCCCUAAACUGGCGCAGCUCAUACUCGUGAUCUUGUUCGAUGAUCUCGUGUUCGGCCUUGCUUCGGAGCAUCGAUGGAAGAAAUGGAAACAUGUUAAACGUGAACUAUGGAGUAUAACACGGUCUCGCGAUUCGUGAGAUGUUAAUUUUUGUAAUCGCAAAUACAAGUUCAGUUAAGAGAGAACGGUAUAUGUAUAUUAUAUUUCUGAAGGUCGCCUUAAAAAAUUCAUCGUUCCAACAGGAGCGAAUUUUAUUUACCUACUAUCGAAAACAGGGAUCAUUGGGGAACAUACUCGGGGAUCUUUAAACAAGGCGAUUUGAUAACGAAAAAUUGGUAAAAAAUCAGCUGGUAGAAAUGAUCGAUUGUAGGAAUGCUCGAAUGCGACUAUCAUCACGCAAGGUGAAUUAAUAAAAAUUCGAUACAAAAUGUAAAAACGAAUGCGUCGAUGUCAGACUAAGUUUUUGGACCCAUGGAAAACAGUAAAUCCAUUUUUUAUAAACUCGAGAAAAUUACAAGUUUUAUAAUAUUUCAUAUUAAGACCACUAUCUAAUACAUA